AUGGAAAGCAUUUUAACUCCUCUUACACCUGUAGCGUCAAUGAUGGCUUCUGUAUCCUACUGUAAUCCGUCUGGAAGUUGCUUACCUGAAGAUGGUUUACAGCCUAUUCAGACACCUCAUUCGCCAACAAGUGCUGACCAUUGCUUCGUGGUGUCGCCAACGCCGUCUUCUUCACCAACAUUAUCAACAACAUCUUCUAACUCCUCAACUUUACCGCAUGUAUCUGACGAAGAACUAGCUUGCUUAUCAGUUCGGCAGCUCAACCAACGUCUUCAGGGGCAAGAUCGCCAAGUCGUUUCAGCAUUGAAGCAAAAGAGACGAACAUUGAAGAAUCGUGGCUAUGCAUUUAAUUGUCGAGUUCGGAGAAUCCAAAAUCAAUUACAGCUGGAAGCUGAUAACGUCAUGCUGAAAGAUCAAGUUCGUUAUCUGAAACAGCUGCUCCAGGAUGUCCAGAGUCGACUUGCAUAUUAUGAGCCAAUCGCUGCAGUUCCAGUUCAUUCUUCGCCUCAACCACAACUUUUACAGCAACAAACUCCGACUACAUUUUAUGCUCAACAGUAUACUUACCAGUAA